AUGGCACCAACUCAUGGAUCUAAGAAGACUCCCAGUGGAUCUCACAUCUCAGCGGCAACACGCGUUGGGGGCUCUCGCAGUGCACAGGCAACACGGGGGCAGGGAUCACAUAGAUCGCACAGUACCUCUGGUUCUCAACAUGCUCAAGGUCCAAGGCAACACUUGCAGACUUCCUCACAGAAUGGAAGCAGUGCAUCGUCAGGCCCUCAUCUGCGACCGCAGUUGACUGAUGCUCAGAUACAAAUGUUGGGCGAGCGCAUGCGAGACAAGUAUGGCUGGCAAGAGGAUCCUCACUUUUUUCAGCUUGACGACACUCGAUGGCAAAUAGAGAGGGUUAAUAGGAUUAUCCAAGCUUCAACGGGUCAAGGCAAGACUGCUGUCGUUGCUGGGCCGUACGCCUGGCAGGAUAUCCUAGGUGCCCGGGAUGUAACAAUAAUGGUUGUACCACUGCUUGCUCUACAACCGGAGAUGGUUCGUCAUACAAUAACUUUUUCCUGCAAUUGCUGUGAGGUCCAAGCUCAUUGCUGGCUAGGUGAAAACAUUUGA